UGUGACGUGGAUAAACCGGAAGUCCGUGUUGCAUGUCUGCUGUUGUUGACACCACAGUGACAGAGUGAUCUACCAUUUGGUCGAUGUUCGUGCUUUAAAGGACACGCGCUAAUAACCCGCUCAUGUCCUCGUGUUAAUUAGAUCUUAAUUAAUCGGUCUCGUGUCCGGUUGUCGGCUCAGGCUCCGCUCACGCUGCUAACUCUGCUAACGUAGCUAGCACAGGAGGCUAGCCUGUAAUGGAGGAAGUUGUCAGCUGACAUGGAGAGCAGACUCAGGUCCAGUCUGUAGACGAUCACUUUGCACGACUGCUUUCAUCUCCGUGCCUGGAACUGGUGGAGACAACACACACAAACAAGAUGGCAGUAGAGCUCGAUGUGUUCGUGGGUAACACCACUAUUAUGGAUGAAGAGGUUUACCAGCUCUGGUUGGAUGGAUACACAGUGAACGAUGCAGUGAAGGUGCGAAUAGAAGGAGGAGUGAUGGAGGAGUGUGAGGCGAGUGCAGAUGUUCUGCUGAGCGACACCAUGGACCAGUACAGGACAUUUCAGAUGUGUGAGCGUCUGUUGCACAGUCCAGCCAAACUAGCCAACCAGCUGCUGUUCCAGAUCCCGCCUCAUCGACAAGCUGUCCUCAUAGAGAGAUACUACACCUUUGAUGAUGUUUUUGUUCGUGAAGUCCUGGGAAAGAAACUCUCCAAAGGAACCAAGAAAGACUUGGACGAUAUCAGUGCCAAAACGGGUGUGACACUGAAGAGCUGCAGGCGGCAAUUUGACAACUUCAAACGCGUUUUCAAAGUUGUGGAAGAGCUUAAAGGACCCCUGGUGGAGAACAUACGUCAGCAUUUUCUGCUCUCUGACAAGCUUGCAAGGGAUUAUGCUGCCAUUGUUUUCUUUGCCAACAAUCGCUUUGAGACGGGAAAAAGAAAGCUGCAGUAUCUCACGUUCCAGGACUUUGCUUUCUGUGCUGGCCAGCUUAUCAACAACUGGACCGUUGGGGCUGUUGAUAACAUGGUGGAGGACAUGGAUGUGGAUCUCGAUAAAGAGUUUUUACAAGAGCUGAAAGAGCUGAAGAUUUUAAUCACUGACAAAGAUCUGCUGGAUCAACACAAAAGUCUGGUCUGUACAGCUCUCAGAGGAAAGACUAAAGCUUUUAAUGAGAUGGAGGCUAAUUUCAAGAAUCUUUCCAGAGGCCUCGUCAACAUUGCCGCAAAGUUAACAAACACAAAAGACGUCAGAGAUUUCUUCAUUGAUCUCGUGGAGAAGUUUAUUGAGCCGUGUCGUUCAGAUCGAUGGACAGCAGCAGACAUGAAACUCUACCUCACUCACUACACCAACUCUGCACACAUACUUGACACAUUCAAGCACCAGGUUGUGUGGGACAGAUACAUGGGCGUCAUUAAAAGCUGCAUCUUCAAAAUGUAUCACGACUGAAGCAAUUUUUUUGUCCUCACGUUCUCGCCCCUCUUCACCCCGCUCUUCCCUUGGUUUGUUUCCUGUUGCUGAAGCCGCUCGGUUUGUGCUUUCACUGUAUCAUUUUGUCAUCGUGAUGAAUUUUCAAGCCCCAUUUUCGCUUUUCAGCCUCCCUGUUUGCACUCCGAGUGUCUGUAAACUUGAUUUGUAAAUAAAAUUUACAUCAAAAUGCCA